GACCAAGACAUGGUACUGUGGGAACCCCUCUCCCAAUGCACUGACCAGAAAGGCCUGCUUGCAGACUUGCCCGUCCUGGGGAAAAGUGAAAAGAAAAAAAAAAGGUUUAAAAGGCACCUAGACUAUACAGGAAGGAAAUCCAUUUACUAACCCUAGAGCAUCUGCUAAAUGGGAGGGGAACUACAGGAAGGGAGAGCACCAUUUGUUGCCCACCCACUCCCCCUGAAUCACAUGGGCAGGAGCACAAUCCAGGCACUCUAGCCAGCCAGCCAAGGCUGUCAGAGUGCACACCAGGAUCUAGGUCCAAACCAGCUCCAUGGCUUGUCCCCAAGAGUCCCCACAGCCUGCAGUUGCUCCAAUUAUAACUCCAGGCUCCCGUGCAAUAGAGCUUACCUCUGAGAUUCCCUGUGGCCUGCUUCAGCUUCCAGCUGGCCUUCCAAGGUGGUCCUGGCAUGACUCACACCUGUCCCAACAGCUCCAGGAUCUGGAAUGGCUUGACCUCUGGACUCAUGGCCUGAUCCUGCUCCAACUGAUCUGCCAAGGUGGUCCCAGCACAGCUUGCCCCCAGGACUCCCUGUGGCUCACACCUGCUACAGCUAAAGCUCCAGGCCCCAUUGUGGCUUGCCCCUGGACUCCCCUCAGUCUAAGCCCCUCCAACUGGCCUGUCAAGGCACCCCAAAGCACCUGUCCUCGAGACUCCCUGCAGCCCAACCCCACUCCAACUACCGCUCCAGCCAAUCUGCCAAGGCAACCCCAAUGAGGCUUCACCCUGGAACCCCCUGUGGGCUCAACUGGUUCCAACUAGAGCCCCAGCAAAUCUGCUAAGGCGGCCCAGGCGAGGCUUGCCCACAGGACUCCACACAGCCCAUGACUGCUUUAGCUUCACCCAGCCUGCCAAGGCAGCCCCAGUGUGGCUUGCCCCUAGCCUCCCUGCAUUCCACACCCCAAGCUCCAACUGACCUGCCAAACAUACAGGGCUAUACAAAGGGGGAAAAGGGAGCUCCUAUGGAAGGCCACUCCUUCCAGACACAGAGAAAAUGAGAAAUACGUUCCAAAUGCAAGAAUAAGACAAAACCCCAGGCAGAGAACUAAAUGAGACGGAGACAAGCAAUCUACCAAAUACAGAGUUCAAAACACUGGUUAUAGGACAUUCAGUGAACCCAGGAGAAAAACGGAUGAACUCAGCAAGAACUUCAACAGAGAAAAUAUAAAAAAGAACCAAUGAGAACUGAAGAGUAACUGAAAUGAAAACUAUAGUAGAGGGAAUCAACAGAAGACUUGUUGAUACAGAAGAAGUUAAAUAAUUCAUGUUGCUGCAUCAUACAUCAGCUUUUUAAAGUGAUUUAAACCAGACUGGGAUAUUAUAUCUGAAUCACCACAAGAGCAAGACAUUUCUGAAGAAUCAUUCCAAGACACAAGGGUAGAGAUGCCCCCUGGGGAGUCAGAUCAUAGGAACUGUGAAGGGGGGAAGAGCUUCAACCUGAGACCAGUCCUUUCUCCACAACAGAGAGUUCCUAUGGAAGUGAGACCCCACAAGUGUGAAACAAAGAGCUUCCAGAGGAAACCAUACACAUGCAAUGAAUGUGGCAAAGCCUUCAGUUACUGCUCUUCCCUUUCACAGCAUCAGAAAAGCCACACUGGGGAGAAGCCGUAUGAGUGCAAUGUAUGUGGGAAGGCCUUCAGCCAGAGCUCAUCUCUUAUUCAGCACCAGAGGGUUCACACCGGAGAGAAACCUUAUAAGUGCAGCGAGUGUGGAAGAGCCUUCAGCCAGAACGCAAACCUCACAAAACACCAGCGAACCCACACUGGAGAAAAGCCCUACAAAUGCACCGGGUGUGAGAAAGCCUUCAGUGACUGUUCAGCCCUCAUUCAGCAUCAGAGAAUUCACACUGGAGAGAAGCCCUAUGAAUGCAGUGACUGCGGGAAGACCUUCCGUCACAGUGCCAACCUCACAAACCACCAGAGGACUCACACGGGGGAGAAGCCCUACAAGUGCAGUGAGUGUGGGAAGGCCUUCAGUUACUGUGCAGCCUUUAUUCAGCAUCAAAGGAUCCAUACUGGAGAGAAACCUUACAAAUGCAACACGUGUGGGAAGGCCUUCAGCCAGAGCGCAAAUCUCACCAACCACCAGAGGACUCACACUGGGGAGAAACCCUACAAGUGCAGUGAGUGUGGGAAGGCCUUCAGUCAAAGUACAAAUCUUAUAAUCCACCAAAAGACCCACACUGGGGAGAAGCCAUACAAAUGUAAUGAAUGUGGGAAAUCCUUCAGUGAGAGCUCAGCCCUUAUCCGACACCAUAUAAUUCACACUGGAGAGAAACCCUAUGAAUGCAAUGAGUGUGGCAAAGCAUUUAACCAGAGUUCAUCCCUUAGUCAGCAUCAGAGAAUUCACACUGGUGUGAAACCCUACCAAUGUAAAGAGUGUGGGAAGGCCUUCAGGUGUAGUUCAGCUUUCAUCAGACACCAGAGACUCCAUGCUGGAGAGUAACUGGGAACAAGACGAAUGUGGAUGGGGAACUGACAGGUAGUUUGAAAGCCUCUAGAAACAUGCUUUUGCACCUUUAUAAUAAAGUCACUAUUUUAUGUG